AUGCUAGUGGAAAUUCAACCACCUUGGAAGAUAUAUUUUGAUGGUUCUUCAUAUCGUGAAGGACCCGGUACUGGAGUGGUGUUUUUCACUUCCUAUGGAGAAGUCUUGCUGUAUUCCUUAGCUCUAACACUACACUGCUCCAAUAAUAUUGCUGAAUAUCAAGCACUCUUACUUGGAGUUGAAAUAGCCAUUGAUAUGAAUGGACAUUUGUACUUCCUGGUUGCAACCGAGUACUUCACAAAAUGGGAAGAAGCUAUUUCUCUCAGGGAAGUAAAGAAAGAGAAUGUCCCUAACUUCAUUCGAGUAAAUAUUAUCUACUAUUUCAAUAUUCGUCGAUACAUAUUGAUAGACAAUGGAAAGCCAUUUGAUAACAAGUUGAUGACAAAGAUAUGUGAUCUUUUUUGCUUCAAGCAACAAAAUUCCUCUAUGUAUUAUGCUGCUGCUAAUGGCCUUACUGAAGCAUUUAACAAGGCACUCUUCAUCUUGUUGAAGAAAGUUGUUUCUAAGUCUAAGAGAGAUUGGUAUGAAAUAAUGGGAGAAGCCCUUUGGGAAUAUAGGACUACGUAUCACAUGCCAAUACAAGAGACUCCCUAUUCUCUUAUUUAUGGAGUUGAAGUAGUCCUUCCACUUAAGUGUCCAAUCCCAUUAUUGCGGCUUGCCAUUUAA